AUGCCGAGUGAAGAGUUCAAGGAGGCAUCCAAGAGCCUUGCUAGAGAGGAGGCCAUUGCCCGAAUGCUAGGGCGGAGAGCCGUUCAUGAGAUACAGAUAGAUGUAUAUAUGCAUGUUGUUGCAAUGUCAGAGGAUCCUAAAGAAGGCAAUCUAAGCGAUCAAGAUGUCACCAACCAAUUCCAGGUUCUGAAAACUGACUUUGAGCCGACGGGUAUCGUCUUCAAUUUAAAAAGCAUCGAUAGGACUAUCAACGCUACGUGGGCCAAUAACGCCGAUCUUAAGCGUAUGUGGUACUAUCUUCGCAAUGGCAGCUAUCACGACCUCAAUCUGUGGUUUAUUCCUACGUUGAAAGAAUACGGGUACUGUACAAUCCCCGCUACCGGCGACUCACUACCAUAUGCGAUGCAACAGGAUGGAUGCACGAUACGAUCUGAUACUGUUCCUGGUGGCAGAGCAAAUAAGUAUAAUCUUGGGAAAACAGUGACACAUGAGGUUGGCCAUUGGCUGGGCCUCUUGCAUACAUUUCAAGGUGGAUGCAAAGGUCCAGGAGACUACAUUGAUGAUACACCGGCGCAGGCAAGCCCGUCGAUGGGAUGCCCUGAAGGGAGAGAUUCUUGCCCCAAACAACCAGGACUGGAUCCCAUUCACAAUUAUAUGGAUUAUUCGGAUGACACGUGCUACAGGGAAUUUACCCCUGGCCAGGUAGAUCGAAUGGUGAAAGUUUGGGACGUAUAUCGAGCAUGGGCCGCUGAACUAUGGAAAUAGCUGCUGAGCGAAAACAAAUAAGUCUCCGUUGUUUAGAAUACAUACUCCAAAUACAAACAGCGCUCGGG